GAGGAUCUGACUUUGUGUCCCCCCAGGAUUACAUCGCGGUGAAGGAGAAAUACGCCAAGUACCUGCCGCACAGCGCGGGCCGUUACGCCGCCAAGCGUUUCCGCAAGGCGCAGUGUCCCAUCGUGGAGAGACUCACCAACUCCAUGAUGAUGCACGGCAGGAAUAACGGGAAGAAGCUGAUGACAGUUCGGAUCGUCAAACACGCCUUCGAGAUCAUCCACCUGCUCACCGGGGAG